AUGGGUUUAUUUCUUGGCAUGAGUGUUCUGUCGUGUGCUGAAAUUAUAAUGUAUGCUGCAAAAAUGACCUGGAUUGUGAUAUCCAGGAAACGACGACAGCAUCUUGUUUUCAAAAAAGAAGAAGAGGAGGUAAUCCGGAGUUCGCGUUUGACUUAUUAUUUCAAAUGUCUGGGUAAAAAAACCUCAUCGGCUGGUAACAGUUGCGUGGAGGAAGGUUAA